AUGCCGUCUGGAAACGGAUGUCGCGCCAACCAACGCCGCGAGCGUGAGUUAAAGAAGUCGCAGAGCGCCGGUGUCAAGCACACCUCCGAGGAAAUGAAGAAGCACGAGCAGAGCAAGAACGCGAUUCAGUGCACCGUGUGUCUGCAAGGCUUCCCCCGUACGGUGCGCCGCCCGGAGCUGGACCAGCAUGUUGAAAGGCACACCAAGACAGGCAAGUCCUUUGAAGAAAUCUUCCCCCAAUUCACGGCGUAA